AUGAAGGAAAAUCAAACAUUUGUGACAGAAUUUAUCCUGACUGGCUUUUCCAUUUCUCCAAAUCUACACAUUUUUUUAUUUGUUUUGUUCCUUCUUGUAUAUAUUAUAACCGUGAUGGGGAAUCUGCUGAUAACUGUAGUCAUUGGGAGUGAUAGGACUCUUCAUAUCCCCAUGUAUUUAUUCCUUUUUGUUUUAUCCUUAUCUGAGUCAUGUUACAGUUUAGUCAUUAUUCCUAAAAUGCUGUUGGACUUGCUAGCCAAGAGUAAAACAAUCUCCUUUGCUGGGUGUGCUGCGCAAAUGUUUUUCUUCCUUGGAUUGGGGGGCACAAACUGUUUCAUUCUGACAAUAAUGGGGUUUGACCGAUAUCUAGCAAUAUGCAAGCCCUUGCACUACCCAGUCCUCAUGAAUACGCAGGUGAUUCUAUGGCUUGUAGCUUUUUCAUGGGUUGCAGGGUUUCUGAUAUCUGUAGCUGAGAUCAUUCUGAUUUUCAGACUGCCCUUCUGUGACUCCAACGUCAUCAACCACUUCUUUUGUCACAUGAGGACAGUGGUUAGGUUGGCCUGCACUGAUGAAAGUACCACUGAAGUAGUGGUCUCUGCAAUCUCAAUUUUUGGCUUGUCAGGCAGUUUCCUGUUCAUCAUAUUGACCUAUGUCUUCAUCCUUUCCACCAUUUUUCGAAUUCCUUCUACUGAUGGAUGGCAGAAAGCCUUCUCUACCUGCGCCUCUCACCUCAUUGUGGUAAUUAUGCACUAUGGGUUUGCUGCAAUUGUCUACCUCAGGCCCAACAGCCCUGGCACUUUAGACAAUGACACACUAAUAUCAAUACCAUACACCAUAAUUACUCCACUUCUCAGUCCUGUAAUAUUUACCCUGAGAAACAAGGAAAUCAAAUUUGCUGUAAGAAAAGUGAUCAGCAAAAAUACACAUUCCCCAAAACUGUGA